AUGGUAGGUGUUAUAAUGCGGUUAAUUCACGUUUCAGGGCAUUAAACUGAAAACGGCCAAGCUCGAUACUGAUGCUCAGUCACUCACCAACAAGGUGUACUGCAAUCCAUCGGACAUCGACGCGUCACAGUGCAGGUAAAUGGAGGUUUUUUGUAGUGUUUUGGAGUAGCUUUACUUGAUUUCAGACAUUUUUAUAUUGUUUUAGUCAAGAAGUACUAAGAAUAGUGUUUUUUUGUACUGCUUUGCUAUUUCUUUGGGGUUUUCGGCAUCUUCUGAGUUUAAUAUACUAAAACUAUUUAGUAUUGAAAAUGUUACAAAUUUGUUUUUAAUUCUAAUUUUGUAGACAUGUCAACGUUCUCACUGGGCCUGGCAGACGUUUUCGGUUUUCCUUGGCAAAUGAUCCUUCCAUAAAACUCGGCACGAUGGGAUUCGGAUUUUACCACAGGAAAUGGGCCAUGGUCUCAUUGGAUCAGGAGAUAAUUGUGGAGCCAUUGGUAUUCAGCGCCAGCGAUAAUGUAGUGUUAGCUGCAACUCUAAGCCUUGACUUCCAGACGAAGAAAUUGUAAGAUAUUAUAGUUUAAUCGGUAUUUCUAUGUGUAGUUUUGUUAUGUGUUUUUCUAUUUUAUUUAUUACCUAAAUUUGGUUUUUUAUAGACUUAUUACUUAAAUAUUUUUGUUGGUAAUAUUUAUUGCCUAAAUUUGAUUUCUUUUGUCAGAUUUGUUACCUAAAAUUGAUAAUUUGUUAAUUUAAACUCAAUUUCAGUAUAACAACGGACCCAUUCGAUACAGAUGAGAUGGCGAAAGAGUUCAGCAUACAAUUCUCAAACAUGGUAUUGACAAAAGGAAGUAUAAUGGUGUUCGAAUAUCGAUCUGAAAGCAGAAUCACACGAUUUGCAGUUACAGUAACUACGAUUGAAGGAGCAACACCAGGGAAAGAGCCGAAAGAAGUAAGUGAUGGUAUCUUGUUGUUAAUGUAUUUAUAGGUGGAGUUCGGUCCUUUGAACGCCAAUGCUAGGAUUGUCUUCAACAAGGCUGAAGGUGCCAUGUUGAACUUGGUGGGAUCGUGCAAGGGAAAGGCCACCUUCAGAGCGCUUAUCAAUCCAGGAUGGGACUUUGAGCAGAUGGGAAUUGGAGGUUUGGACAAGGAGUUCUCGACCAUCUUCAGGAGGGCGUUCGCUUCGAGAUUGUUUCCUCCCGAGUACAUCGAGCAGCUGGGUAACUAUUACUGUUUGGUCGACUUUGAGUUGUUUUAAUAGUUAUGAUGUUUUAUAUUAUUUUAAUAGUUCUUUUUCAAUGUUUUUUAUUUUAGCGAUCAAACACGUUCGUGGUAUCUUGUUGUAUGGUCCUCCAGGUACCGGUAAGACUCUGAUCGCACGUCAGAUAGGGAAGAUGUUGAAUGCUCGUGAACCCAAGAUUGUCAAUGGACCGGACAUUUUAAACAAGUACGUUGGUGAAUCAGAAGCCAAUUUGAGGAAGCUGUUUGCUGACGCUGAAGAAGAAUGGAGAAGGUCGGGCCACAACUCAGGUCUUCACAUGAUUAUCUUCGAUGAGUUGGAUGCCAUUUGCAAACAAAGAGGUUCUAAUGUGAGUAAUUUGAAUUUAUUGUGUUUUUAUUUUAAAAUACUCAAAACUUUUUAAAAGCUGAGAAAUAAUUAAAAUUGUUACCUAUUUUUUGUAAUAUUGAUUUAUUUUCAGCCGGGUUCUUCUGGAGUCAAUGAUACGGUGGUGAAUCAGCUGCUUACCAAGAUGGAUGGUGUAGAACAACUUGGUAAUGUGUUGGUGAUCGGCAUGACAAACAGAAAAGACAUGAUUGACGAUGCUUUGUUGCGACCUGGUCGAUUGGAAGUCCAACUGGAGAUCAAUCUUCCAGACGAACACGGUCGACUCCAGAUCCUCAACAUUCACACUGCUCGUCUUCGCAAGUUCCAGAAGUUGGCCAACGAUGUGGACUUGGCCUUCCUGGCUAAGCAGACAAAGAAUUUCUCUGGCGCCGAGAUUGAAGGACUGGUGAGAGCAGCAGAGUCGUCUGCCAUGAACAGAGUCAUGAAGGUCGGUGGCCAAGUGGAGAUCGACCCUGAAGCCAUGGAAAAGUUCCAAGUCUCGAUGACAGACUUUGAAUACGCCAUUCAGAACGAUGUGAAGCCGGUGAGGAAGAUUUAUUUGAGGUUUUGUUGUUUCUGGAUCAAGGUUAAUGUGUAUUAUUAUAUUUAGGCGUUUGGUCACAACGACGAACAACUGGAACGACUCCUGGGUGAAGAUGUGAUCUUCUACGACAAGAUGGUGGCGGACGUCCUGAGAGAAGGAGAGCUUUUGUGCAAUCAAACAGCCAGUCCGGAGACUUCUGGCUUUGUCCGAGCGCUUCUGUCUGGACCAACGAAUGCAGGAAAGUCAUGUCUUGCAGCCAAGAUAGCCAAGACGUCUGACUUCCCCUUCAUCAAGAUCAUCACUCCAGAAGACAUGGUUGGCUUCUCGGAAUCGAUGAAGUGUUCCAAGAUCAGUCGAGUCUUCGAGGAUGCCUACAGGUCUCCAUUGUCAAUUGUCAUCGUGGACAACAUCGAGCGUCUUAUGGACUACUCCCCAAUAGGACCCCGUUACUCGAAUAUGGUGCUACAGGCUUUGAUGGUAUUGUUCAACAAAGCACCUCCAAAGGUAAAUUAAUACCUUUUGUUUGUUGAAAAGAUAUUAAAUGUCAUUUUAUCAAUAUGUUAUUAAUUACGGGAUUUUCAGAAGUCGCGCCUGUUGAUCUUGGCCACAUCAGCAAACCAAUCCUUCAUAAGAGAAACUGGUAUCACUGAUCUCUUCACUAGAGUAAUCCACAUUCCAAAGAUGAACAAGAUCGAGCAAGUGGCUAAGGUUCUGGACGAAAUUGGCUUCACAGAAGCAGAAAACGCGGCUAUCAUUUCACAGUUGCAACGUGGACAAUUCAAGUAAGUUACAAAACUAAAUUCGGGUUUUUUAACUGAUAAAGCGUAUUUAGAAGAGCUUUAAUAAUUACUAAACAAUGUGGUAUACUCAUGUUAAUCUUCAGAUUGAACAUCGGAAUCAAGACGCUGCUUCAGCUUAUAGAAAACUCGAAGCGAUGUGACCCAGCCGAGAGAGCACAGCAUCUUGUCCAUGCCAUGGAAGACCUGUUCCUAGACAUUUGA